AUGUUCAUAUUAGGAAUGAUUUCUGUAUUCAUAGGCAUUUCUUUGCUGGCACCAGACGAGGCAAAAGGUAUAGUUGUGGGUAUGGAUAUAGUUGUUGGUCAUGAUUUCUGUAUUCAUAGGGAAGUUUGGUUUUCUCCAAUUGAGAGAUAUGCAGUUGUUCCUGAUGACAACGUCAAAAGGAUAAAUUUUGCUGAGGGGAAGAUUCUGAUUCUAGAACCUGCUACCCUUGCAGCCAAUGUAAAAGCUGUAUUUACCUGCCUCUUAGACCAAGUAAGUCAAUAUACUACAGAUGGGCUUGAACGAGCCAGAGACAGCCUGACUGAAGCUGCUGCUUUGAGGGAGAGGUUUGUGCUCGGAACAAGUGUUAGUAGAAGAGUGGCUGCUGCAGCUGCUUCUGCUGCUGAAGCUGCUGCUGCUGCUGGUGAAAGCAGUUUCAGAUCUUUCAUGGUGGCAGUCCAACGUUGUGCAAGCAGUGUGGCUAUUGUUCAGCAAUACUUUGCGAACUCUAUAUCUCGGCUUUUACUACCUGUAGAUGGUGCACACGCUGCUUCCUGUGAAGAGAUGGCUACAGCUAUGUCCAGCGCAGAGGGUGCUGCAUAUAAAGGGCUUCAACAAUGUAUUGAAACUGUUAUGGCUGAGGUUGAGCGGUUGCUCUCUGCUGAACAAAAAGCUACAGAUUAUAAGUCACCUGAUGAUGGCAUUGCUCCUGAUCAUCGGCCAACAAAUGCUUGCACAAGAGUUGUUGCAUAUCUUUCCCGUGUGCUUGAGGCUGCAUUCACUGCACUGGAAGGUCUUAACAAACAAGCUUUCUUGACUGAAUUGGGGAACCGCUUGCACAAAGGGCUGCUUUUUCAUUGGCAGAAGUUUACAUUUAAUCCCAGUGGAGGACUGCGUCUGAAGCGUGACAUAACUGAGUAUGGGGAGUUUGUGCGCAGUUUCAAUGCUCCUAGUGUUGAUGAGAAAUUUGAAUUGUUGGGCAUCUUGGCCAAUGUCUUUAUUGUUGCUCCUGAAAGCCUCUCCUCUCUGUUUGAGGGUACCCCAAGUAUUCGGAAAGACGCACAAAGGUUUAUUCAGCUCAGAGAGGACUACAAGAGUGCGAAACUGGCCUCCAGACUCAGCUCCUUGUGGCCGAGCUCUAGUUGAUAAUUGAUAUAGAAAUGGAAUGCUGAAAUGAAGAUAUCCUUAUUGAUCAUUGGGUUUUCUUGGUCAAAUGUUCAGAUAUUCAUGAAAUUGAACUGACUUUUUUGAGCAUAAACGAAGGUAGAAACAUAAGGCAGCUAAAUUAAUUGCGACACCAAUGAAGCUUAUUAUCCUUGGAAAAGAUAGCUUUUUUCUUCUAUAGAUCAUCCUUACAUUUUGUUGUUGUUGUUGUUGUUGUUUGACUUUGGUUUUUUUACUGUAUAUUUGUGUGUAAAUCAAUGAGUUUCGAACUUCAAGAUAGUAAGAGACAGAUAAAUCUCAUGUUUGAGUUUGUUCCUAAGUGAUGAUCUGGAAUGAUUGAUGA